AUGUACGUCUUCAAAAUCUUGGACACAUUCGCUGCCGGUACAUCUAUUCUUGUUGCAGUGCUUUUCCAGGCAAUUGGAGUCAGUUGGUUUUAUGGCGUCCAACAGUUUUGUGAUGACAUUGAGCUCAUGUUAGGAUUCCGUCCAGGUCUCUACUGGAGAAUCUGCUGGAAAUUUGUUACACCUGUUUUAUUAAUGAUGAUUGUAAUCUCUAGUAUUGUUACAUACGAACCUCUUGAGUAUAACAGCUCCGACAAACGCUAUAUUUACCCGACGUUCGCCAACGUGAUUGGUUGGCUUAUUGCUGCUGCAUCCAUGGCGUUCAUUCCUGGUAUGGCGAUUCAACAAAUUUGUAAAAUAAAAGGAACAUUAAGAGAGAAAAUUGCUCUCAGCAUAUCACCAGUUUGGGAACACGAAGAUAUACGUCAGAGAAAAUGCGUCAAAAGAUUCGAGAAAAAACACUGGCUAUCGUUUUGA